AACAUUAAUAGAAGAAUGAUGUGAGUUUAACGUGGCUGGUAGACAAUAACAGAAAGCCGAUGCAACCAAGCCAGCAGCAAAGAGAAGAGAAGCAAGCACGAUUCGCAUCACAAUGAAUUGCAAAUUUCAGAUCACAUUCACUGAGUAACCAUUGAAUAACAUACACAUAAUUACAAACACUUUUUCACCACCACUCCUUCUUUAAGAACCAAUGCCCUCCCUUUCCCUUUUCCUCACCCUUCUCCUCCUCCUCUCCACUGCCUCCUUCUCCCAAAGCAGCAGGAAGAAAUUAAGGAACAAACAUCAUGAAUCUGAGUUGCGGUUUUCAGGUCACUCUGUUUAUUAUUCCAACAGAGUUGAUCCCUCACGUGUUGUCCAAAUCUCUUGGCAACCAAGGGUCUUUCUCUACAAAGGUUUUUUGUCAGACAAGGAGUGUGACUACCUUAUUUCUUUGGCAUAUGCUGUGAAAGAAAAGUCCUCGGGGAAUAAUGGCCACUCAGAGGAUGAAACUUCAUUGGAUAUGGAAGAUGAUAUUGUUGCAAGGAUUGAAGAAAGAAUUUCAGUUUGGACUUUUCUUCCUAAAGAGAAUAGCAAACCUUUGCAGGUCAUGCAUUAUGAACCUGAACAGGAAGGGAAUAACUUAGAUUAUUUUGCAAACAAAACCAAAGUGGAAUUAAGUGGACCUUUACUGGCAACAGUUGUUUUAUAUCUCUCAAAUGCUUCUCAAGGGGGUCAAAUUCUCUUUCCAGAAUCAGUGCCCAAUAGUAUUAGCUGGUCAAAUUGUAGAAGCAGUAGUAAGAUUCUCCAACCAGCAAAAGGGAAUGCACUUCUGUUUUUCUCUCUUCAUCCAAGUGCAUCUCCGGACAAGAGUAGCUACCAUGCUAGGUGCCCUGUCCUUAAGGGUGAUAUGUGGUCUGCAAUUAAGUUCUUCUAUGCAAGAUCAAUUAGUGGAGGGAAACUCUCAACCAUAUCAGAUGGUGGUGAAUGUACUGAUGAGGAUGACAGCUGUCCUGCUUGGGCAGCCAUGGGAGAAUGUCAGAGAAAUCCUGUGUACAUGAUUGGGUCUCCUGAUUAUUAUGGUACAUGUAGGAAAAGCUGUAAUGCAUGCUGAUCAGAAGUUCUGCAUGUUUGGUUUUGCUUCUAGCAAGCCAGAAUUUAUUCUAUUGUGUGAGAAGCUACAAGGAGUUGCUUCUCAAAAUUAGAAUCCAUUAUGUGCUAUUGUGUGAGAAGAUUGAUUCUUCAAAAAUGCUAGUUGACUAUCCACAUAAAUUAUUUAGGUAGUUGUUAUUAACA